AUGGCAUCGUCUGUACCAGCUGCUAUGACAUUUUUUGGCGUAAUUCAAAGAAUUUAUACAAUGUUCAGUGCUUCUACUGAAAGAUGGACUAUUCUUUUAAAAUACGUUUCAGACUUUACUUUAAAACCAAUGUCAGAUACCAGGUGGGAGUCUCGGGUUGAAUCGAUUAAACCUAUUCGUUUUCAAUUAGGCCAAGUACACGAUGCUUUAGUAGAAGUCAGUGAGUUAACAAAGGUUCCUAAGAUAAAAAGUGAGAGUUUGUCUUUGGCAAAUUAUGAAUUUUCUUAUGAUUUUAUUUUAAGUGUUGUUAUUUGGUAUGAACUGCUAUCUGCUAUUAAUAAAGUUAGUAAGAGUCUUCAGAGUGAAGCUAUUGAACUGAGUAAUGCUGUUCAAUUAUUAAGUGGUCUUAAAGAUUUUUUUAAUAAUUUUAGAGAAAAGGGGUUUGAGUUAUCAAAAAAAACUGCACAACAAUUAUGUGAAGAUAUUGGAACUCAACCAAUUUUUAAACAAUCUAGAGUUCUAAAAAAAAGUAAGCAGUUUGAUUAUGAAUGUAAUGAUACGCGAACAGUUUCUAACGAACAAAAAUUUUAUCAAGAUUAUUUUUUGGCAUUGGUAGAUCAAGCAAUUGUAUCAAUUAAUCAACGAUUCGAGCAAUUAUCUGAACAUUCAGAAAACUUUUGA